AUGGCUACUGGAUCCAGAAAGCGUUCAUCAAACGCAGGCGAUGACUUCGUCGUUAGUGAUGACGAUGAUCAUCUUCCGGCAAAAAGAGCGAAGACCAAUUCAACAAAGACCAUGCCCUCUAGCAAACUGCAAGAAGAUUUAAAAUCAAAUAGCAAGCUUGAUUCCAAUGGAGAUCGAUACUGGGAAAUAUCGAAAAUGCGGCGUGUUACGGUUUCCUCCUUCCGAGGAAAAACAAUGGUCAACAUCAGAGAGUAUUAUGAAAAAGAUGGCCAAGAGCUUCCCGGAAAGAAGGGUAUUUCCAUGCCGAUGGAUCAAUUCGCUUCCUUUAUUAGCUUGCUACCUGAUAUUGAGAUUGCACUCAGAGAAAAUGGAGAGCCAAUUCCUCGGCCAGAUUACACUGGUAGCAUGGGCCAAUCAGUUGAUAACAGCAGUGAAGGGCGGGAAAGCCCUGGUAACGAGCUCCAGGACUCCGCUUCUGCGAAGCAAAAUAUCGAAACAACAAGUGAAGAGGAUGGCAGUGACGAGUAG